AGCAGUGGCACAGGCAGAGCCGAGUGCUUUGCGGCACAGUCAUUCUAAUUCGACGCCUGGCUGACUGCAGACGCACUCGGAACCACGGAAUCGGAAUAGUAAACAUAUUCUCGUAUUUGGGAUCGAAGCGGGCAGUGCAUCGGACGGCUAAUCAAACGCAUUUUGGCCAAGUGUCGCGCGGUGCCAGGCCACACACUCCAAUCUCUAAUGAGGCAGUGUUUUAGCAAAAACUUAAUUUAGUUUCAAUUUGGCUAUCGAAACGAGUUUCCAGCUGUGUUUCCCCCCCUCCUGUGUUUCUGUGUGUGUAUGUUGUGGCAGGCUCAUUUGUGAAAAAAUUUAAGUUGCGGCUCGGCUCGGCUCUGUGGCAAGACACAUUUUCACCUGAAUUGCAAUCAAGUGCAAUUAUCAAACGAAACAAACAUUGAGAUAAACGACAUGUCUGGGGAGACACCAAGCACCACUCCGCUGCUGGACCUGCUGCUGUUAGGCAGCACCAGCACCACUGCUGCACCGCCGCCACCAGCAAGGAGUCUCUAUGCGAAUCGGAACCGUAUGAUCUUCAGCCUCAUUGUCAUGGGCCUGGGGGUGUUCGGAAAUUCGCUGGCUCUGGUUAUUUUGGCGCGCAAAAAGCACAACAAGAACAGCAAAUAUACGCUCAUGUUGCGCUGCCUGGCCACCAACAAUCUGGUGGCUCUGCUGGGUGUGCUGACCACUUCGCUGCUGAAGUACAACAUGUACAAGGAGGGGGACCACUCCGACAUGCGGCUGGACUGUGUGGGGCAUGUGGUGUGGCGCUUCUUUGGUCUCAGCUCCGGAUGCAUUGCCGCCGUAAUGGCCGCUGAACGUUGGAUGGCCCUGGCCCGACCCUUCAUCUACCACAAGCACAUCACCUAUGAGCUGAUCCGCAAGAGCAUCAAUAGCAUUGUGAUUGCGGCCUUGAUCAUCACGUUCCUGCCCUUUGUGGGCUUUGGUGCCUACAUAGACGAGUCGAAUCCGGACAGGAUGAAGUGCAUACGCUAUCGUGAUGCCGAUGGCUUCUGGAACAAAGCAUACGCCGUGCUAUUCAUGGUCUUUGGCACCCUUCUGUGCAUCGUGAUCGUGACCUGCAACCUGUUCGUGGCGCACACCCUGCUCUGCGUGAUUGGUAAGAGUCGCACGGCCAAGCGGCACAUGCACUACGACCUGGUGGGUCGGGACAAGGCCAGUGUGCAGAGCAUCGACCCGGAGAGCAGCAGUGGCACCACACUCUACCAAACGCAGUACAGCACGGGCAGCGGCGGCAGCCACCACACUGCACCCCACCGGCAGUCCGCGCGCCAGUUCCAGCACAGCGUCAGUGUAACGAUGGCGGGCACCGAAUCCUCGCCGGUGGAGAUUAAGUUUGCCAAGCUGAUGGCCUUCCUGAGCAUCUCGUUCGUCAUCUGCUGGAUGCCACAGAUGAUUGCCAUACCCCUGGCCAUUGGCCCGAAUCGAGUGGACAAGAAAAACGUAUUCUUUCUCAUUGCGGAUGUCCUCACGGCCCUGCACUUUACAUCGGAUCCGUAUAUCUAUGUGCUGAGUCGCUCCAAGUCGAUCAACUGGUCCCUGCUGAGCUGCAUCAAGCGCUGGCGCAGCGGCUGGCGACAGGGCGGACUGCGUCGCUCCCAGAGCGAUCAGAGUCGGAUGCGCACCACCAUGACGGAGGCGAAUACUCUCGACUGUAACUUCAAUUGAGUCUCCAGCUCCUGCACCCAACUGCAACUGUAACUUAACUGUAUAUGUAUGUCACUCACUCAACCCACGACCCUCGACCUGCCCCACAACUCGCGCAGCAUCCCCACAGCCCCUCUUCUAGUCGUGUAAGCUGUAAAUAAUAUAACUUACUUUGUACGAGUAUUACCAUAUCAAGGCUUUCUCUCCUUCGCUGCGCUCAGCCCAUCACAUAAUCUAAGAAUCGAAGUAAACCGAUUUAAACAACAAUACAUAUGUACAUUCUAUAUACAUAUAUGUAUGUAUGUAUGCACUACGUGUCUGCAUUUUUAUAAUACUAGUGUCUAUUCUAGAAAUCUUUGGAAAUUAUUCGGAUACGUUGGGAUGCAAAACAGAUUACAGAAUAGCUUCGUGCAUCACUUGGGAGCAGUCCAACAGCAACAGCAGAAAGAAAACAAUGCCUUAUCAGCUAGACUACUCGACUCCGAGUCUAUCCUUUACGCUUUGCAAUUCUCUUGCAAUUGUGGGCCCUUUCCACCCACUUCUGCGUGCAAAUAAUAAAUAAAUACAAAUCAUGGAAUAAUUCUUCUAUUCUGAUUCCCUUAACCUUAUCCAGGCAAUAUACAAAUCAAAAAGUGUUUACUUUACAGCUAUGUUUGUUUUCUUUUUGUUUAUUUUAAAAUUUAUAUGAUUACAUAUUUUGAAUGGAUUUCUUGGAUUGUGUUUUAUGCAUUGUAGAGGGUCGGGGACGGGGACGCGCGGUCGGGGGCGGGCAUGAGCUUCAUUUAAUGCGAAAAUCAAUCAAUCAAUCAAUCAAGUUGUCUGUCUUCUCCCCCGACAAGAAGUUCGUCUUCAAUUACAAUGUCUUCAAUUGUUUCAUCUCUCUCGAUGAUUGGAAAAGUAUUCCCAUUCCCUCAUUCAUUCAUUCUU